AUGGCGGUGGACCGACGCAAGGUUGCAGUGUUUGGUGCAGCCUUUGUGCUGCGACUACUUCUUGUCUGUCUUUUCCCAUCGUUGCCAGACCUUCUCACAGGCCGAGUGGAGGUCUCGACCCCGGUAAACAGCUUCAAGCGGCUCCAAGAAGGCCUCUUUCUCUAUAUCCGAAAUGUCUCCCCUUAUGAUGGCGGUGUUUUUCACCAGGCGCCGCUCCUCCUCCCCUUAUUUGCUUUGCUCCCAGACGUGCAAAGUAGCCCAUUCCCUACUGCUAUAUUCUACUUUCUUGUUGAUCUAGUGAAUGCGCAUGCACUGAUCACCAUUUCGGAAUCGGGCCAAUCGGUCCAGACACGACUACACUCCGCCAUGCGGAAGCACAUUCGCUGGGACGGAGUGUCCAUAGCAGCUUGGUUCUUGUUCAACCCCUUUACAAUCGCAACUUGCUUGGCCCGGUCAACGAGCGUCUUCACCACUACGGGAAUCCUUUACGCCGUCUCAAACGCCGUCGACGGAAAUAGCGUCAACGCGAUACUAGCAUUGGGAUUUGCGUCAUACCUAUCGCUUUAUCCCGCCUUAUUAUUUGUUCCCCUGGCGCUGCUUUGCUACGACCAACAGACACAAUCAUCCAAGGCGCCCGGCGCGGUGGUGUUCUUUGUACAACAUGGAUCGAUACUACUGGCCAGUGUUGCCGGUCUACUAGGAUUGUCAUACCUAGUCGCCGGAAACUUCUGGGAAUUCAUGUCCGCCACUUAUGGCUUCCAUCUGCUGGUCCCCGACUUGACUCCUAAUGUGGGUCUGUGGUGGUAUUUCUUCAUUGAGAUGUUCGACUCCUUCCGAGAGUUUUUCUUGGGUGUCUUCUGGCUUCACCUGGCCAGCUAUGUGGGGGGCUUUACUGCUCGUCUGCGGCGACAGCCUUUAUUCAUUAUUACUUCGCUCCUGGGCGUCUUUGCAAUCUUCAAGCCGUACCCCAGCAUUUCCGAUGCAUCUCUCUACUUUGCGCUGCUACCCUUGUACCGCCACCUUUUCCCUUUGAUGCGAUACACAUUCUUCGCAGUCUCCGCAUUGCUUUACUCCAGUCUUCUUGGCCCCGCAUUCUACCAUCUGUGGAUCUAUGCUGGAUCGGGUAACGCCAACUUCUUUUAUGCGAUCACCCUCGUUUGGAGUCUAGGCCUUUCUAUUCUGCUAGCCGACAGCAUCUUCGCGGCUCUCAGAGACGAAUGGGAGCAGGCCAACCCAGAGUUGCAAGGUCAAGAAGUGAAACAAAUAUAA